GGCGUUCUCUGGAUAUCUAUUGGAGCGGGUUAUGUCCUCAAAAGUACUGACUCCACUGUCAGAACGAUGUAUGUGUAAGGAUUGGGGCAAAGGAAUCGACUUGGGCAGGGAUGACUUACAAGAUGUCUGUCAGAGUAUGAAGCUGACAAGCUUGGGACACCGACUAAAAUGGCAAUCAGCUUGCCUGCAUGAAUACUCCAAGUUUCCUUAAAGAUGAGCAGGUCAUAGCAUAAUCUAUACGGGAAAGGAGACAGAAACUCAAUCCUCGAACACUUGCAACGUUCAACCAGCAAAGUUCUUAUCAUUCACCCAAGAUGACUAAAAUGCAGAAGCUGUGUGCUUCGGUGCACGCCUUGGCUUCACAACUGGCAUCAAUGUCCUCUCCAGAUGUCGCAUAUUCUCUAAUCCAACAACGAGCCGAGUCUUGCCGAUAUUACGCGCCCGAAAUCUCGAGCCAUGGCACCUUGACAUUCACCUACCCAUCUCCCAAUAUCACGAGAGCAACAAUUAACAAUGGUCCUGUGAAUUUCGUCGACCGCAACUUCGCCGACGAUCUGCUUGAUUUCCUCAUCCCGCUCCAAAAUGUGACAGACUCUACCCCCAAAGUUGUCAUAUUCGAUUCAUCGAACCCCAACUUCUGGCUCGGCCACAUCGACAUGACUUCUCUCAAGACGCCCAUAACAGAUGCCAAGAAGCAGCUGGGCGCUGACUACAUCAAGUUCACGCAGCUGCUCCAGAACAUCACCUCCACCAUCUUCAUCGCCGAGAUUGACGGGCGCGCGUUCGGAGCCGGCAACGAGAUUGCGGCGCAGAUGGACAUGCGCUUCGUUGGGCCUCGUGCGCGCACGGGCUCGUUCGAGGAGGCCCUGGGUCUCAUAGCCGGUGGUGGCGGCCAGACCUUCAUGGGCUCCAUCUUGGGCAAGGCCAAGGCGCUCGAGUACUUGCUUGCUGCGAAAUCAUUCACCGGACCGGCGGGUGAAGCUCUGGGUCUUUACAAUAAGUACUAUGAUGACUCGCAAGCGCUCAAGGACUCAGUGCUGGAACUGGCCCAGCGGAUCGCCCUUUUCCCGCGAGUGGCGUUGAACCAAACGAAGUCAGUACUGAGCUUCCUGAAUCCGCCGAACGAUGCUUUCCAGCUUGACUUCGAGGCUUUCUACGACAUCGAGCAGGGCCCAGAGCAGCAGGCCAAUGUCAGGAAGUUCAUUGAGCUGAGCGAGGGGCAGUCGGCGAAUCAUUAUGAGCUGGGCUUGGGUGACAGUGUCAUGGCAUUGUAUGAUCUUUGGGACGGAUCGGUGUAACAUGGAUGGCAUAAGGAAUAAUCAUUGGACCAAAUGGGAAUCACAAUGAUACGGCCCUGGUGCCUUGAGAUACUUCCGUCCGAAAAGCAGAUAGUUUUUCUUUGCGCUCAGUGUAGAAUUAAUCCUAGAUUUAGCGACAACUCAUUGACAAUCACUAACGCCCCAUGGCAGAAUCCUUAAAUAACACAC